AUGCAAGUUCACGCCCCGUUCCCCCCUUUCACUUCCCACCCGCUCCCAUCCCCCUUGCCCCUCCCCGCGCCGUCGCUCCCUCCUUUGGCCUGCUCUCCCUCCUUUCGCUAUUGCAUGCCGUCCCCCCUGCGCUCAUCCCUCCCUUGCGCGCAUCCCUCCCCUGCGCUCCCCGCUCAUUCUCCUUGCGCUGGUCCCUUUUCCCCCCCGCUCAUUCUCCUUGCGCAUGCGCUCACCUCUUAUUCCCCCACCGUUCAUCCCUCGUCCAUCCUUGCCGCUCAUCCCCCUUGCACUUAUCCCGCAUUCCCCUUGCUCCCAUCAGCCCCACCUGUGCUCCCGCCUUCUCUCCCACAACGCUCAUCCGCUAUUCCCCUUGUGUUCAUCCCUCAUUCCCUCUGCGCUCCCUCAUUCCACUGCACUCAACCUUUCCCCUUGCUCAUCUCUCCCCCCUCCCCUCACCCUUCCCCAUGCCCUCGUCCCUCCCCCCUCCCCUCACCCUUCCCCAUGCCCUCAUCCCUCCCCCCUCCCCCCUCCCCUCACCCUUUCCCAUGCCCUCAUCCCUUCCCCCUGCGCUCAUCCCUCCUUUGCCUUGUACUAGUUCCUCAUUCGCUCUGUGCUUAUCCUUCCUUCCCUCAGCUCACCCCUGACCCCUUUACACUCAUCCGUCCUCCUGCACUCAUCCUCAUCUCAAUGACAACUGUACAAGUUGCUUCACCACCUGGCAAAAAAUGUACAUUGUCCACUCAAGUCAGCCUAUCACAUGAAGUCAUUUAG